GCCCUCCAGGUCCAAGGGGCCCUAGGGGUGAAAAGGGGCCUCAGGGUCCUGUUGGACAGACAGGAUUAAAAGGAGACAGAGGGGAUAAGGGAGAGCCAGGAGUACCCGGGAGCAGAGGAGAUAAGGGGUCUUCUGGGCCAUCAGGACCCCCAGGAAAUAUGGGUUCAACAGGCUCCAGAGGAAACCCUGGUUCUAAGGGCUCCAGGGGCUCAUCUGGAAGAUCAGGCUUGCCAGGGCAGAAGGGAGAACCAGGACUACCAGGAAUCUCGGGGGAUCCUGGAUUGGCUGGCCCUCCGGGACCACAGGGGCCUCAGGGGGUGCGAGGAGAGAUGGGAAUACCAGGACCAGCUGGACCCAGAGGGCUUAUAGGACCCCCUGGACCAACUGGGCCACCAGGCCCUCCAGCAUUCUUAGAAAAUCCAGGAAAACCAGAGGCUCUACACAGCGAAGCCCUUUCAGCAUCAGCAAAACCCAAUGGUUGUCCUCCACAGUGGAUCAGCUUUAGGAACAAGUGCUACUACUUCUCAACAGAAAGGGAUAUUUUUGAUGAAGCCAAAAAACUUUGUGAAGAGAAGUCAUCAACUAUGGUUAUUGUCAGUGACAAAGGGGAACAGCAAUGGUUAAAAAAACAAAUUGCUGACAAGGGUCAUUUCUGGUUGGGUCUGACAGACAAAGAGGAGGAGAAUGUGUGGAAAUGGGUGGAUGGAACCUUUCCUGCAUUCACGAACUGGAAAGAGGGUCAACCUGAUAACUGGCAGCAUGGCCAUGGGCCUGGAGAGGAUUGUGCUGGGAUGAUCCACGCAGGCCUCUGGAAUGACUUCUACUGUGAUGACAUCAACAGGGUCGUCUGUGAAAAAGAAAAUGACAUAGGUAAACUGAA